AGUAGUGGGUUCGCCCCUCCGACUGCAACCUGACAGUCGCUCCAGCCGCGUUCAGUCGGAACCGGGAUCCACCGAGUCGACUUCACCUCAGACCUGAACGCGAGGACAUCGACGACCAGCUCCCUAUUUUGUGCGUCUCCAACCCGGUUUCCUCCUCUGGAUUAUAAUCCGAAGCUGAGGACGAGGACACGAUGGCUCGCUUCAGACGCAGCAAGAUGACGCUGCUGCUGUGCUGUCUAACCAAGGCUUUUGUGAGUGCGAGUCUGGGCGUGAACGAAACUCAGGAGCAGCAUCCGACAAACGUCUACCACGACAUGGGACUGACCCGGAACAAGAUCGUGUCGGCUCAGUUCGAGUGCUACCAGAAGCUCAUGAAGGACAACUCUCAGACAGGAAAUGAGCCGGUGUGUAAUCGGACGUGGGACGGAUGGUUGUGUUGGGAUGACACCAAAGCCGGAGUGACGUCUGAGCAGCACUGUCCCGACUACUUUGAGGACUUCGACCCUUCAGAGAUGGUGACGAAGAUCUGCACUGACAGCGGCCACUGGUUCAUCCACCCUCACAGCAACCGGACCUGGACCAACUACACCCGGUGCAAUGAGCGCACCUUGGAAAGCAGAGUGACUGCAAUGAAUCUGUUCUACCUCGCUCUGAUCGGACACGGGCUGUCGCUCACCUCCCUCUUCGUCUCCCUGGGAAUCUUCUUCCACUUCAAGAGUUUGAGCUGUCAGAGGAUCACGCUCCACAAGAACCUCUUCUUUUCUUUCGUCCUCAACUCCGUCAUCACUAUUAUUUUUUUGACCGCUGUAGCCAACAACCAGGAGCUGGUGCAGAGAAACCCAACGAGCUGUAAAGUCUCUCAGUUCAUCCAUCUCUAUCUGUUUGGCUGCAACUACUUCUGGAUGUUGUGUGAAGGAAUCUACCUCCACACUCUCAUCGUGGUCGCCGUGUUUGCGGAGAAGCAGCACCUCAUGUGGUACUACCUGCUGGGCUGGGGGUUUCCACUGAUCCCUGCCUCCAUCCACGCCAUCGCGAGAAGCUACUACUACAACGACAACUGCUGGAUCAGUGCUAAAACCUCGCUGCUCUACAUCAUCCAUGGUCCCAUCUGCGCCGCCCUGCUGGUCAACCUGUUCUUCCUGCUCAACAUCGUGCGAGUCCUCAUCACCAAACUGAAGGUGACCCACCAGGCCGAGUCCAGUCUCUACAUGAAGGCGGUGCGGGCCACGCUCAUCCUGGUUCCUCUGCUGGGAAUCCAGUACGUGCUUCUCCCCUACAAACCCGAAGGACGAGUCUCCUCUGAAAUCUACGACUACAUCAUGCACAUACUCAUGCACUACCAGGGUCUGCUGGUGGCCACUAUCUUCUGCUUUUUCAAUGGAGAGGUCCAGGCGGUGCUCAGGAGACACUGGAACCAGUACAACAUCCAGUUUGGCAGCAGCAUGGGGAACCACUCGGACGCCCUGCGCUCUGCCUCGUACACCGCAUCGUCCAUCACCGAGGUCCAGGGCUGCUACAGCAUCGACGGGCAUUCGGAACACAUGAACGGCAAGGGCUGCCACGACACUGACGCCUGCAUCUUAAAAUCAGACAACCCGUUCGCCUGAUGCCAUCGAUCCCCUCCCCCUGGAGCCCCCCUCCCCCUCCUGUCCUCUCUAUAAACUGAAAGAGUUGGAUCACCAUGGCAACCAGGACUACAUCUAUUUACAGAGACUGACAUUCGGAGACGCGGAAGAAAGCCUUUCCGGUGUGAGGUGAGAAUCCUGUGCCGAUUUCAGUGGACUGGAAACCACGACGGAUCCUGUUGAGCACAAAAGCCUUCUGGUGACACUGUUAACCUAUGAUUAGUGCCAAACUUUCUUUCAUAUCCUCUUAUUCUUGGUUUGCUUGCAGCGGCCCAACGCAGGACUCCUCCCCGGGUGCACAAUAUUUAGAUGACGUGUUUACUUAUGUGAAAGUAUUACGAUGGUGUUGAUACAGUAGACUGAUACCGUAUAGUAUUUAUUAAAGCGAUCAUGUGUUUUAUGCAGAUUCACGAUUGUCAAAGUAUUUUCUAACGUUUGUGUCAGUGUUUGUGUUUUCCAAGGCUGUGGGGUGGUAGGAAAUAAGAAUUACAGACAUAUUCGCAACUGCCGAUUCUUGCCUCAAUUGAAAUAUACAUUUUUUUAGGUUGAUGGAAUGAUGCUUGACUGUCAAGAGAAAUAUGUAUAUUUAAAGGGAAAUAUUUUUUAAUUCUCCUAGAGUAAAGCAGUGACUUUUAGAUGAUUUUAGAUUUAGAAUAUUGCCAGAAAUUAAAUAGCAAUUGCUGAGAGGAAGAAAUAAAAUGUGACAUUAAUUGGUAUUAGUGUUAAAAAUGAUCUGUCAGAGACUCAGUUGCAGCAGGACCUCGAAGUAGCCGAGUCCCAGAGUUCCUUCAUCUGUCCUGGAUAGUUACCACUGAGGGUCUUCCUAAAGUCGCCUGUCAGAUUUACAACCAAGUUCUGGUUUGCUUCACCAUCGAUGUGUCAAUCCCUAGACUGGCACCACACGGUAACCUCUUCAGUCUUUUAAAAAAUGUAGAGACAUUUUUUUUUUUUUUUCAAUAUCAGACAUGCAGAUGAAGAAGUAAAAAAGGGCUCCAUGUGCGAUUGGCUUUUCACCUUUAACCAAAAUAUAUUUGCUGCCCACGCCAACUUCAAAUAUAUUCAUAGUUUUAUCUCACACUUUGCAACAUCUCAGAAGAAAAACGCUACAAUCUCUAUUGUUACUGAAUCAAUCUCAAGCUCAUAUUAGCAUUGUUAGCAUCUCGGCUACAGGAGCACUUAAUCCUGUCUAUGUGAGGUGAGGUGAUGUAGCUGCAUUAAAUGGAUUUUGAUGUAAAAUUUUCUUAUUUUUAUGUAUAUGCUUUUAUGUAAACACAAGUUCUACUUCACAAACGCUUAAUGAAAAACAAAAAUAUCACUUUUAUUCUACAACGCUAAUCCUCUUUUUGCUGAACACCGUUUCUACUUGGAAAUGAAGAUGGCAUACAAGUAAAAAUAAUUAUUUAUAAUUCAUUGUGAAACCCUGAACAAAGGUAUUUGUGAUGAAGGGCUGUUUUUUUUUUGUCCAGAGUUAAAGUCAUCCAUCAAUGAAACGUCUCAUACUCCAGCUAGAUUGAGGACCAGACUUCAGUGGGUUCCCAUGACAUUUCAAAUUAAUUUUUUUUGAAAAGUGCUAAAAUGUGUUUCCAGUUUGAUCAGCUGUUCUUGAUGCGAACUGCGGAGGGUUUUUUAGGUGUUUUAAGAAGCACAAAACUACCAAAGAGACGAUGGCAAGUGGCAGGGUUCAGUGCAGUACAGUACGGUACAGAAAACAUGGAUCUCACUCACUCUCUCCCAUAGUUUACCAAGGGGCUCCACAAAACCUCACACUGUAUCAGAGGGGAAAAAUGGUAAGAAACCAAAGCGAUUCCAACCUCUGGUCACAUGCUUGCCUGACAUCUCCAAAGAUAUCCAUCACACCUGCAUCCAACCUAAACAUGCAUUUGCAUAAAAAUGAUGGACAGGCCCCGCAACCCCUCCACCCCAUCUAGAUUAUCGUGUUGACAUCUGACAUAGAUCAUUUCUGCAUAAUGUCUAUCCCCAUGAUGAAUGAUGAGGUGUCACGCUGUACUGAACUGACCCACUGUGAACCGCCAAACAACCCCCAUAGCAACUGUCCAUAGACAAACCAUGUGACCGUCACUACUGUGUUUACGACUGACCCUCCUCUCUCACUGCCGGUCCCCUUCACAAUGUCAAAUAUAUCUUUCAUAAAUGUUCCAUUGUGUGUGUGUGUGUGUGUGUGUGUGUGUGUGUGUGCGAGUAUAUAUAUAUAGAAAGAAAGACAAUGCCCAGAAUGUUCAAAGUGAUCCUUAACAACGUGUGUCCUUUCAACACCACAUGACAAGUUGCAGUAAUCACAGAGCCAGUAUUUCCGAAACUGAAAACAGCUGGUUGUUUUGUCUGAAUGUAAACGCAAUGUUACUCUGUUCAAUAUAAACAUGUCACA